CCGAGGGGGCGAUGCAGGGCCUGGGCUACCUGCACGGCCUGGGCGUGAUUCACAGGGACAUCAAGGCCGGGAACAUCCUGCUGUGCCACCCGGGCCGGGUCAAGCUGGGCGACUUCGGCUCGGCCGCCGUGGCCACCCCGGCCACGUCCUUGGUGGGGACCCCCUACUGGAUGGCCCCCGAGGUGAUCCUGGCCAUGGACGAGGGGAUCUACGACGGGCGGGCGGACGUGUGGUCGCUGGGCAUCACCUGCAUCGAGCUGGCUGAGCGGAGGCCGCCCCUGUUCCAGCUGAACGCGAUGAGCGCCCUGUACCACAUUGCACAGAGAGAGCCGCCGACGUUAAAGUACCCCAUGGAAUGGUCGGAGCAGUUCCGCGAUUUCGUCUCUCGGUGUCUCCGGAAGCUUCCGCAGGAGCGGCCCCGGGCGCGGCAGCUGCUGCAGCACGGGUUCCUGGCCCAGCAGCGCCCCCCAGGGGUGAUCCCGGAGCUGCUGCGCAGAACCAGAGCGGCCGCCGGGGACCCGGCCGGGCCCAGCCCCUCCCCCAGCGCUCCCAGUUCUCCCAGUUUGUGCAGUGACCCCCCCAGUGACCCCCCCAGUGACCCCCCCAGUGACCCCCAGCCGGGGGACCAGUCCAUCCCAGGAGGGGGGACCCCAGGCCCCCCAGGCCGCCAUUUUGUUUUCGCCAACCUCACCCCCUCAAAACACCGAUUUACCCUUUUCUGA